CGUUGGUGUCGCGCCGAUAAUUGGAAAAUUGCUGAAGAAAACUUGAAGAAAAGUCAAUUGCCUUGAAAAAUAAAUAAAAAAAAAACUGUGAUAAAAAUCCGUAAAUAAUUAAUUUCUAUUGAUUGGAGACCAAUUAUGACUGCGUUCGAGAAAAAACGAGAGGAAUUCCGAAAGUACCUGGAAUGCGCCGGAGUCAUCGAUAGUCUCUCGAAAGCUUUGAUAAAAUUGUACGAAGAGGGCGAAAAACCAGACGAUGCUGUCCGUUUCCUUCGCGAACAAAUGUGCGAGACGUGCCCAUCCGACGGAGAUGUCGCCGAGUUGAAGGAAAAUUACGAAAAAGCGCUCGCCAGAAUUCAAGAACUUGAGCGCGAAUUGAGCUCAGUUAAAGGCAAUUUACGUUUGAGUGUGAGUGAAAUGAAUUUGCAGUUGGAACAAGGAUUUGAGGCGUUGCAAGCUUAUGAUGGGAAGCCGUCACUUUUGCAGCAAUUUUUGACGCGCGAAAUGCUGGAUAAUUUGAAGGAAGUAUCGACGAGUUUCAAGUCGACUUUGUAUGAUUGCAUUCGAUCAGGUCUCGCUCAUCCAAACUCCCACAUUGGCGUCUAUGCCCCCGACAAGGAAGCUUACACAACGUUUGCUGAUCUCUUCAAUCCCAUCAUCGAGGCAUAUCACGGCUUUCCCGCCGAUGCCCAGCACCCGGCUACCAAUUGGGGCGACGAAUCCGAAUUCGAGAAUCUCGAUCCCGACAACGAGUUUAUCCGUUCGACGCGAAUCCGGUGCGCCCGUUCCAUCGAAAGCCAUCCCUUCAAUCCGUGCAUGAAAGAAAGCGACUACGAGGCGAUUAUGGAAAAGCUCAAAAAUGUCACGGAAUGCUUCGAGGACGAGUACCAAGGAAAUUUCUACCCUCUCUUGGGCAUGGACAAGGAAACGCAGCAGCAGCUCAUCGACGAUCACUUUUUGUUCAAGGAGGGCGACGAAUAUUUGCAGGAUGCGGGCGCUUGUCGCUUUUGGCCCGUGGGUCGUGGGAUUUUUCACAAUGCCGAUAAGACUUUUCUCAUUUGGUGCUGCGAAGAAGAUCACUUGCGAAUUAUUUCGAUGGAGCAAGGCGGUGACUUGGGCAAGGUUUAUGGGCGUUUGAAGCGCGGCGUUGCGAUGAUCGAGAAGGAAAUGCCGUUUUCGCGUGACGAUCGUUUGGGAUUUUUGACUUUUUGUCCCACAAAUUUGGGCACGACGAUCAGGGCGAGUGUUCAUAUCAAUUUGCCGAAAUUGUCGGCGGAUAUGGAGAAACUUGAAGAAGUUGCAGCAAAGUUUAACUUGCAAGUUCGAGGAACGGCAGGCGAACAUACGGCUUCGAGUGAUGGAUUUUACGACAUUUCCAAUAAACGUCGUUUGGGACUCACGGAAUUCGAGGCAGUGAAGGAGAUGUAUGAUGGAAUUAAGGAACUCAUUACCAUGGAGAAGGAAAUGUAAAUGCUUUUAGUGCACUUUUAAUGACAAUCCGCCACUUCUGAGCUUUAUUCCAAAAUUUUUCGUGUAAGAUAUUCAAACUGAA